GAAAUUUGAUUCCUCCAUUCCAUUCCAUUGCAUCAUCAUCUCCUUCACACUGCAAAUCCUUUCAGAUCUUUUCUUCCUUCAGAAGCUCCAGGAAGAAGACGACAAUGGGGUCUCUCCCGCCUCCAGAUCAAACCAAUUUCUCCAAAUCCAACCUCGAUCAAUCACAUUUGCUCGAUCUCUUCAAAUGCCAGCAGAAUUACCUCAACCAUUUCUUCCAAAACCUCGACCUCUCCCAAACCCUAGCCUUCACGCAGGCGCUCCUCAACGCCGACGGCACCAUUUUCUUCACCGGCGUCGGAAAAUCCGGCUUCGUCGCGCAGAAGAUUUCGCAGACGCUCGUCUCCCUCGGGAUCCGAUCUGGAUUCCUGUCGCCGCUCGACGCCUUACACGGCGACAUCGGCAUCCUCUCGCCCAAGGAUUUGCUCGUUCUCUUCAGCAAGAGCGGGAAUUCGGAGGAGCUUUUGAAGCUCGUGCCGUGCGCCAAGGCGAAGGGGGUUUAUCUCAUAUCGGUAACGUCGGUGCACCCCAAUGGAUUGAUGAAGAUUUGCGACAUGGAUGUGCAUUUGCCUCUCAAGCGAGAGCUCUGCCCCUUCGAUCUUGCGCCGGUCACUUCGACGGCGAUUCAGAUGGUGUUUGGGGAUACCGUCGCGAUUGCGCUUAUGGAGGCGAGGCAUACGAGUAAGGAAGAGUACGCUGCGAAUCAUCCUGCUGGAAGGAUUGGCAAGACGUUGAUCUUCAAGGUGAAAGAUCUCAUGAAGAAAAAUGAAGAGCUGCCGGUGUGCAAGGAGGAUGAUCUGAUCAUGGAUCAACUGAUGGAGCUGACCACCAAAAGCUGCGGAUGCCUUCUCGUCAUAGAUGACGACAAUCAUCUGCUCGGUACUUUUACUGAUGGUGAUUUGCGCCGCACUCUGAAAGCCAGCGGUCAGAGGAUCUUCCAACUCACUGUGGGGGAGAUGUGCAACAGAAAUCCGAGGACAAUUGGGCCGGAUGCGAUGGCGGCGGAAGCAAUGGAGAAGAUGGAAUCUCCGCCGUCUGCAGUGCAGUUCUUGCCGGUGAUCGACGAUCACAAUGUGGUCAUCGGAAUUGUCACGCUGCACGGACUCGUCUCGGCCGGAUUGUGAUUUUCCGGCAGUCGUCACCGCCGGCACAACCCAAGGUACAUAGAAUAUUUUUUGUAUUCUUUGUUGAAUUUGUGAGAGGACGAUUUUAUCCCUACGGUAGCUAUUAUAGAGUGCAGGUUGGAUUUAGUCAUCUUAUCUAUUAUUAUUAUUAUUAUUAUUAUUAUUAUUUGUUGAUUUGCUUUUAUGUGCUGCAUAAAUUAUGUAUGUAUUGUUUGCUAUGUACGUAUAUGUAUUUGUGUAUAUUAUGUAAUAUUUCACUAUUUAUUUAUAUUUGUUUAAUUA